AUGCAAGACAACGUGACGACGGUCGACACGAGCGCAGGACCCCGACCCUUUGGCUUUGAUCGCUGUUAUUGGAGCCAUGAUAACUUUGCCGAGAGCGAUGACGGCGUCCUCAUUCCCGCCUCUGAUUCCAGCCCAUACGCCUCCCAACAGCAUAUCUUUGAAGACCUCGGUGCCACGCUGGUGACCAACGUUCUAGCCGGCUACAAUGCUUGCGCCAUGGCCUAUGGCCAGACAUCAGCCGGCAAGUCCUACACCAUGAUUGGCACCCCCACCAACCCAGGCUUGGUGCCGCGCCUUUGCGCUGCGCUCUUUGCUGCCCCAGUCCCAAACAAAGUCCAACGCCAAGUAACCCUCAGCAUGCUGGAAAUAUACAACGAGCAGAUCAACGACUUACUCGCCUCCUCAACCGCCCUCCACGAGUGCCGCGUACGCCAGCACCCCAAGCAGGGCUUUUUUGUCGAAGGCCUCACCCGGGUGCCCGUCAAUGAUCAUGCUGAUGUCCAGGCCCGCAUGCAGGUUGGCACCAAACUGCGCACCACAGCCGCCACCAACAUGAACAAGACCUCGAGCCGCUCCCACAUGGUUGUCACUCUUCACGUCAAACAGACUCAGGUGAAUGGCAAGGGGGAAAGCACUACCAAAACCAGCGACAUUCAUCUGGUUGACCUUGCCGGCAGCGAGCGAACCGACCUGGCAGGCACCAGCGAUCAGCGUUUCAAAGAAGGCCUAGCCAUCAAUCAAUCCCUCUCCAACUUGGGCAACGUUAUCGCUGCCCUUGCUGAUCAGGCAACCACGAUCCCAUACCGCAACUCGGUUUUGACCAAGCUUCUGUCCAACGCGCUGGGUGGCAACUCGCGCACCAUGAUGAUUGCCAACAUCUCGCCGUCCCCUCUCAACCUGGAGGAGACCUUGUCGACGCUCCGCUUUGCUGAUCGCGCCAAGCGCAUCAAAUGCAAGGCCGUGGUCAAUGAAAGCCCCACGGACAAACUGAUCCGGGAACUCAAGGAGGAAAACCAGCGUCUCUUGGACAUGCUCAAAGCGGCCGGGAGCGAUGCCGAUUCGGAUGCCCUGCGCGCCGACAAGGCCGAGUGCAAAGGGAGUGCCCAACGAAGGUUUUGA